AUGACUUCCGCUCCGCGGUGCCGCAGCCCUCCGAGAGCGGGCAGGCCGGCCUUCUCUGAGCGAGCUCACCCGGCCGCUUCCUCUGCCUCCGCUGCUCUCCUGAGCACGCUUCCCCCCAUGAGCCGGGGCGGGCGCAGCCGGGACUGGCGAUCGGGACGCUUGGUUCGCACUGGUCGUCCCCCGACCCCUCCACGCCGCCACUCUCGACUCUCGACCGUCACCCCAAAUUGCCAGCGUAUGAAGUUAUCACGCUUAACAUCUCCUGACCCGAGGACUUGGGUCCCGCCCCCGCCGGCAGAGCCAAUCGAAACCCGGGGCGGGGUCCUCCAGAAGCGCGCGCACGCGCGGGCUGGCGGCCCGAAGGCCCGGCGGCCCGGGGUGAUGAACCCAGCGGGUCUCAGCGCCCAGGCUAGGGGGCAACCGUCGCCACCGGAGGCGCGGCCGGCCGUAAACUCCGAGGAGGAGCUCUACGACUGCCUGGAUUACUACUACCUGCGCGACUUCCCGGCCUCCGGGGCUGGGCGCAGCAAGGGCCGGACGCGGCGCGAGCGGGAACUGCGCACCAACCGGCCGGUGCCCGGCGGCCACGAGCGCAAGAUCGCGCAGAAGCUCGUCAACGGCCAGCGCAAGCGUCGCCAGCGCCAGUUGCAGCCACGGCCGCGCACUCGCCUCCCCUGAGCGCCGGAUACCCGAAGGACCUGAUAAAAGUAUUUUCUCUACCUCCAGCGGUAACUGGUCCUAAAGGGGAGAGAAUCGAUGUUGGUCAACAGAACUUCUUUUUGACAUCGCUUAAGUUUACUGCUUCAGUAUCUUCUCCUUAGUGAUUAUUAAGUAACAUCCAAGUGGGUAUGCCUUUUUAGGGUUUUUAAUUAAAAGAGAGCAGCAAGAAUGGCAUUUUAA